GAACGCAGACAAAACGACAGACGAGAAAUACCUUUGUUAUGGAUGUGAAAAUAAGAGAUGGAUAGACCCUCAGUGACAUUUUAUCAACGCACAAUGUCUAAACUGCAGAUUUUAAGUGUUUUUCUGACAGAGAGAUUAACAUUAGUUGCGCAGGAGAUAUUUAAGGCUGUGGAAGACAUAUUUUCAGAGUAUAAUGAGGAGAUUUGUCGCUCUAGACAGGAGAUUGAGCUGCUCAAGAGGAGACUGCAGCAGGCAGGAGUUCAGAUGGACGCUGUAACACAGCUUUGCUCCACUGAGACUCAAGGACAGAAAUACACCCAGACAUUUUCAGAGGAAUGGAGAUCUGAACAUGACUUGAAGGAUACAGCAAUGCAUAUGAUCCUAGAUAUUUGUACAAAGGAGGAGGAGAAUGAAGAGGACAUGCCUGUGUGCGGUGAAUCAGCAUCUUUAUCACCAUGUAUGGACAUUUAUCAUGAUCAGACGCCCAGCAAAGACACUGAAACCCAAGUGAUGGACAGUAGUGAGAAUAAUUUUCCCUUUAUUAACAAAGCAGCUCGAAUUAAGAAUGAGCCUGAGACUAAUACUGAAACAGGUACCACCUGCCAAAUACAGCAGAACAUCACAAAACAAGGUUUGGAUGAUUCAGGGGCCUGUUAUGCUUCCAGUGACGUCAACAAAGUCAAAGUUAGCCACGUUGGCUCCCCCAGACAUGAGACACAAACAUUUAAUCUGCCCCUCAGAAAUCAAGAGAUGUUGACGCAGCAUCGGAUGGAGCUGGCCCAGAUAAGACGAGAGAGGUAUCACAAGAACUUCCUUACAUGAGGACUGUAAAGAAACAGCAACAAAGAUUCCUCAUGAAGAUCUCUCUACAGAAGGCCUAUGAAGUCUGGAAGCUGGAAAAUCCAGAAAAUAAUGUUGCACCCUUUCCUGUUUUCUCAUAGCUUCGACCUUCAUAUGUUCUUCAUCAGCAUUGGAUGGACUUGUUGUCUUGUCUCUGUGAAUAUUGUACUGGAGUUUUACUGAAGCUUUAGAGCCUGAACAGAAUUCUCACUGCUUGUAAUCGUAAUCAAUCAUAAUCGUUAUCCUAAAGUAUUACAAGGACUUCUUUACAAACCUGGUUAAACUAGGUGAAAUUCAGCAUGAAACUCGUUUACUCCAUUCUGUAUAGUGUGUUUCUCUUGGGAUCCUGGAUACUCGCCUGUAUUAAUGUUACUGUGGUGGCUGUAGAUGGAAUGUUGAAGAUGGAAGCCAGUGUUCCAACUCGAAUUAUGUCCUUCCCUGGCAACGACAUACCUUGAACAUAGAUGCUAAAAUAGUUUAUUUAUACUGGCCUGUGACUGAAGAAAAGAACACCUUACUUCAUAAUUCUACUACAAGUGAAGACAACCAACUUCCUAAUAAACAAAAAGGUCUCUAGAUGAAAUUUAAUAACUCAG